AUGACCACCACCACAAACAAUGAUCAAAGCAGCCUUGAUGCUGUAUUGCAACUACUAUCUUUAUUGACACUAUCGAAUGAUGAGGUGCAAACCCUCAUCCAAGUGAUUUCUGAUGGUAGUGGAGGCCCUCCUGCCAUGUCAUCUGCAGCCAUCGUGACUCCUACAGCGGCCGUCAUUACCCCAGUGAUUGUUACCCCUUCUGCUACAUUUGCUGUUCCUGCAGUAGCCAUCGUCAGUCCCCCUCCUGCAGUAGCCAUCAACAGCCCCCCUUCUGCAGUAGCUGUCGUCAGCCCUCCUGCAGUAGCCUCCGAGACUCAGGCUGCUGCAUUUGUGCAGACAGUGCCCGCCCCCACCAUGCACUCUGGGUUUUUCGGUUUCCCACAUCUUCCAAUGACAGCUAUCGUUGUCAAUGGUGAGAUGAGGGGCCAGCAGCAAUAUUGUGAUUUCAGCUUCGAUGUUCCCAGUGCUGGGGCCCUUGGUCCUUUCUACCUUGUCACAUGCGGCUGCCAGACAAACCCAGACUCAGCCCUUUGGAUGACACACAUCGCAGAUAGUAUUGAACAUUCAAGACUUUUGAAUGUUCAACAUUCAAUGUUCAAAACCCAGACUCAGCCCUUUGGACAACACACAUUGCAGAUACGCCGCUGGCUGAAAAAUCAGCUAGGCCAGUACAACUACUGCUAUGAGUACAAGUACGAAGACCUCAUCGAGUUCUGGACAUCCCUAUAUGAGAUUUUCUUUGAUUGCUGGCCAGAGCGUUGUGUGAGGUGGGGCGAUAAAAAGCUGAUAAGCAGUCCGAUUAUGCGAAUGGGGAUAGAAAGCGAUGAAAACAAUGUCCGACUUGGAUCGAGUGCGACCGACUGGGCCGAUCAUCGGCCAACGUUGAUGUGGAGCAGCAGCACGGGAAAGUGGUCUCUCUCUGAAGAGCAGCACCAUCAGUCUUGGUUUCAAUCCCAAACGGCCUUAAUGGGAUACAUUCUGUUCACAAUCAUGUCAGUGCAUAAUCAGAGUGUGAUGUUACAGGCUGAAGAGGGGUUCACGGAGGAUUGGAUGGAUGUCACAGGUGACAAGCCUGCCAGUGGUGAUGUCGAGGAUGGUGGGAGUACCAACACCGAGGCCCAGGGGGAUGGCGUAGAUUUAGACUUCGAUUGA